AUGGAGCUUUCCAAGUCGGUAGAGCCAUGCGACGAUGAGUGCCUGAAGGGCUCUGCAUCAAUGUGCAGCUGCACAGGUCGGUCGAGCAGUGCUGGGGCUGCGUGCUUUGUGGGAGCCAUGGGAUGGCUUUUGGCUUGUCGGCAGGCCUAUGCCGACGGUAUCGGCAUCCUCUACAGCACCAACACUUUCCACAUCUCAAGCCUGGAGUUGCAGCUUAACCUGCCACGCCUCCUGCCCCGUCAUCAUCUGGAAAGUGUCACGUCCCUCGAGCUCCUGUGGAAGCUGAAUACUGUCGAAACAAGCAAGACCCCGGUCAAGGACCAUGUCAAGUCCCUCUGGGACAGCGGUCCCAAUCACCAGGAUCAAUCAAACUCCCCUUUACAUGUCCUUUGUGCCACGAUGCCACAGACGUUUCCGCGCGUCCGUAGGCUCUACAUCUCGUUCCAAAGCUGGCUGGAUCCGGGGUUUCCCAGAGGCGGCCCAGAUGGUGAUGUCAUAUCCGAGAUAGACACCAUCUUCCUUGGUCCCGUGGAGAAUAUGAUGCGGACCUACUUAAGGCAACCUAGGCAGGUACCCGGCUAUGGUAACAUGGAACUAAAUGUCGCCAUCCAACGGGGUGCAUGGCAUGUCUUGCUGGCGAAAUACCACAAGCUGCUAGGAGCCAAACUGAGACUCGAGUCGGUCGAUGAGCUGUCGCGGGGCAGAUUCUGGAAGGCGCUCGGCAGUGGCACUGGUGGCAAUGCUGCCUCCGAAGAAAAUGAGGAUGAUGAGUUUGGCUACUGGAUCUGCGGCGGGUGGGAGGAUAUGAAAUUGUUCGGGCACGAUUACUGGACGAUGACGAACUGGGGCGACAAAUGGACCGGUACCAAGGAUACGUAUUGA